CAAGUGCAUCUUGUGUUUACAAACAAUGACGGCCGGCUGUACGUGCUGUUUGCCUGACACAGAUCGGUUUUGGUUGGCGGAUUCCCUGUAAAGUGAAAGUUGGAUUUGUAAUUCCAUCAAGUGUAUAUUGUUAACAUCUAUUAAUUCCAAUCAGUUUGUUGUUUUUGUUGAAUGACGACUUUAAAUAUUUAAAAUGGAAGGGGGUGGUGUAUCGCGAUUAUCGAUUUUCCUUGUUUCCAAACCUCAGUCACUUUUGUGUUAGAAGCAGGGGAGCUCAUAACCUACGCCAGUAGAGAAACUUACAACCGGCCGUCCACCAUGUUUACCACGUAGUCUUUUUGACAAGUGGUAAACCUACUAAAAACUGUUAUAAGUUUGUAAAUUUAGAAAUCACCGAAUCAAAUUGUUUCCAAGAAAUGGAAGUUCCUUGCCCAGAUAUGCAGCUCAUAAGGAGGGAGCCUCAAACAGUUUCAAUGCUUGGCAAAACGUAUGGAUGUGGACAGUGUUCAGCUCCUCCGCCUGGAGCGCUGGGAGCAGCGCCGGGCCCCGUGGCUCCAGCCGUGCCUGUGGCGGGGAUGCCACCCGGCGCCAUGGGCUUGCUUCCGCCGCAGCAGCCGCCGCAGCCACCCGAUCUUCCCAUGUUCAACUGUCCUAGAAGGCCUAACCUUGGCAGAGAAGGUCGCCCAAUUGUUUUGCGUGCCAAUCAUUUUCAAAUCACAAUGCCCCGUGGGUUUGUUCAUCACUAUGACAUCAACAUCCAACCCGACAAGUGUCCACGCAAAGUCAACCGAGAGAUCAUUGAGACUAUGGUCACAGCAUACAGCAAGAUCUUCGGAAAUCUGAAGCCAGUCUUCGAUGGACGCAGCAACCUGUACACUCGAGAUCCCUUGCCCAUUGGCAAUGAUCGAAUGGAGCUCGAGGUGACACUUCCGGGCGAAGGCAAAGACCGUGUGUUCCGCGUGGCGAUCAAGUGGCUGGCGCAGGUGUCGCUGUUUGCGCUGGAAGAGGCACUGGAAGGCCGCACGCGACAGAUCCCCUACGACGCGAUUCUGGCGCUCGACGUUGUGAUGCGGCACUUGCCCUCCAUGACCUACACUCCGGUCGGCCGCUCCUUCUUCUCAUCGCCCGACGGCUAUUAUCAUCCGCUCGGAGGCGGCAGAGAGGUAUGGUUUGGUUUCCAUCAAUCGGUGAGACCGUCGCAGUGGAAAAUGAUGUUGAACAUUGACGUGUCUGCUACGGCGUUCUACAAAGCUCAGCCUGUGAUAGAGUUUAUGUGUGAAGUGCUGGACAUUCGCGACAUUAAUGACCAGCGAAAGCCGUUGACUGACUCCCAACGUGUCAAAUUUACCAAAGAAAUAAAAGGCUUGAAGAUAGAGAUAACGCACUGCGGCACGAUGAGACGCAAGUACCGCGUCUGCAACGUCACGCGCCGUCCCGCCCAGAUGCAAUCGUUUCCUUUGCAGCUGGAGAAUGGGCAAACUGUGGAGUGUACAGUGGCCAAGUACUUCUUAGACAAGUACAAAAUGAAACUGAGAUACCCCCACCUCCCUUGUCUUCAGGUCGGACAGGAGCAUAAGCAUACGUAUCUUCCUCUAGAGGUGUGCAACAUAGUGGCAGGGCAGCGGUGUAUCAAGAAGCUGACAGACAUGCAGACGUCGACGAUGAUCAAGGCGACGGCUCGGUCGGCGCCGGACCGCGAGCGAGAAAUCAACAACCUGGUGCGUCGCGCCGACUUCAACAACGACGCCUACGUGCAGGAGUUCGGCCUCACCAUCUCCAACAACAUGAUGGAGGUGCGCGGUCGGGUGCUGCCGCCGCCCAAGCUCCAGUACGGCGGACGCGUCAGCUCGCUCUCGGGCCAGCAGGAAUUUCAGGGCUGCAAUGUGCUGCAGACGAAGCAACAAGCGAUGCCGAACCAGGGUGUGUGGGACAUGCGCGGCAAGCAGUUCUUCACUGGCGUCGAAAUUCGAGUAUGGGCUAUUGCCUGCUUCGCUCCACAACGCACUGUGCGUGAAGAUGCACUCAGAAACUUCACUCAACAAUUGCAGAAGAUAAGCAACGAUGCUGGCAUGCCAAUUAUCGGCCAACCUUGCUUUUGCAAGUACGCAACUGGCCCGGACCAAGUAGAGCCGAUGUUUCGGUACCUGAAAAACUCUUUCCAGGCUCUUCAAUUGGUCGUCGUUGUUCUUCCAGGAAAAACGCCAGUAUAUGCCGAAGUGAAGCGAGUAGGAGAUACCGUACUGGGGAUGGCGACCCAGUGUGUGCAGGCCAAAAAUGUUAACAAGACUUCACCACAGACCCUCUCCAAUCUUUGUCUGAAGAUCAAUGUAAAGCUUGGUGGAAUCAACAGCAUACUUGUUCCUAGCAUCAGACCCAAGGUGUUCAAUGAGCCGGUGAUAUUCCUGGGAGCGGACGUGACGCAUCCGCCGGCCGGCGACAACAAGAAGCCGUCGAUUGCGGCGGUGGUCGGCUCGAUGGACGCGCACCCCAGUCGCUACGCGGCCACCGUCCGAGUGCAGCAGCACCGGCAGGAGAUCAUACAGGAGCUCAGCUCCAUGGUCAGGGAGCUGCUCAUCAUGUUCUACAAGAGCACUGGCGGCUACAAACCGCAUCGCAUUAUUCUAUACAGAGAUGGCGUAUCCGAGGGACAGUUUCUUCAUGUUCUACAACAUGAGCUUACUGCUAUCAGAGAAGCGUGCAUCAAACUUGAAGGAGACUAUAAGCCUGGAAUCACAUUCAUUGUUGUUCAGAAAAGACAUCACACAAGGCUGUUCUGUGCAGACAAGAAAGAGCAGUCUGGCAAAUCAGGCAACAUUCCAGCUGGCACAACGGUUGAUGUGGGCAUCACACAUCCCACUGAGUUCGACUUCUACCUCUGCAGUCAUCAAGGUAUUCAAGGCACAAGCAGACCGAGCCACUACCACGUGCUGUGGGAUGACAACCACUUUGACUCGGACGAGCUGCAAUGCCUCACCUACCAGCUGUGCCACACGUAUGUGCGCUGCACGCGCUCUGUCUCCAUCCCCGCGCCCGCCUACUACGCGCAUCUCGUCGCCUUCCGCGCACGCUACCAUCUCGUCGAGAAGGAGCACGACAGUCACGGUGACUGUUUCAGUGGCGAGGGCUCCCACCAAAGCGGCUGCAGCGAGGACCGCACUCCCGGCGCUAUGGCACGAGCCAUCACUGUUCACGCCGACACUAAGAAGGUCAUGUACUUCGCUUAAUCACCCACCACCAAAAACCUGUUGCACCUGGAAGCUCAACAACUACAGUAUUACUCAUCAUUGUGUAUACUUUUUAACGGGUCUAAUGUCCCUCAUGCAACGUCGAAUUUGCAUUUUUAAUUUAAUUCUUAGUAGUAUUUUUAUUAGUGAACUAAGGUUUUAAUUUUUCCAUUUCCAUUGAAUAACCGUUUCAUCACAAGAAUUUGAUCUCCUCAUGAGAAACCCUGUUACAAGUGAACAUUUUAUUAUUUGCUAUUAUUGAACAUCUUCUAUGGCGUGUGCUAGCGUUGUUGUAUGGAAUGGAAUUAUGCCUCGCCGAUAAUUUGCCAAUCAUACAUUCAAUAAUAUAUCACUGCAACUCAAAUCUGUCCUCCGCUGUAAUCCUCAAUUAUUGGUGUUUCAGAAUUCUAGUCACUUUUAGAACUCGAAGAAUGCAUUAUUAUUAUUAAUCCAAUUUCAAUUUGGUUUUUAAACGUAUGCAUGAAAAUUAAAUUCCAAUCCAUGUUUUUCUUCUAUCAACGAAACACAACAUCAUAAUCUAACCUAGUCUUGGUGUCUUUAGAUACUUUUUAACUUAGUUUUGACAUUUGAUCAUAGAAAUAAAUGUUUCCAAGUGCAACUUGUGUUAUUGACGAAACAUCAUUGAAGUCGAAGGCUAAUGAAAUUAUUAUAUUAACCUCAUUCUAUCAGUUUUGGAUGUGUGCUUGAUAUCUUUUAAUCAAAGAUCAAUGAGGCAAUAAACGAGAGGAGCAUUAGUUUAAGUGACAACCAUAAAUAUAUAUAUCUGACAAAAUUGUACAUUUUAACCUUAUACUUAAUAUUAUUGACUAUGUCAAUUUUGAAAUAUAUUUAUUAAGGUGUAAAUUUGUUAUUGUAUAACUUACCUAUUCAUGGUGUUGAAACCAUGAUUUUUUAUUGUAUGGUUACACAUACGGACAGAGCUAUGCAAACAGAGCCAGACUUCCUUGAAGACGACUGUCUUCAUUGAACAUUUGCUACGUUUUCUAUAUUCAAUUUCCAUUACCUGCUUUUCAAACCGUUCCAGAUUUGUGAGCUUCUUGGAAUCUCAUUCCAAACAAAUGAUGAACAUUUUUGACACAAUAUCAUGAAAUAAAUAAAUGAAAAUGCUGAUUAUUGAUAGCUAGUUUGUACACGAAAUAGUGUUAUAAUUUUUAUUUUAUAAGUAGGAUAAUAUCACCCAAAAUGUAUGUUUCUAUCAUUAGAGUUAUAUGCGUGCGUUUAUUGUAUAAAUGUAACCUGAGUGAAUAAAUUGUCAAAUUUAUUAUCAACGUUGACAUAGUAAUGUUCCAUUAAAUUAAACUUAUUCGCUUAUAUUAUUUUCUUAAAACAGUCUAAUUGCAGUCAUCGAAGACAUUCCAUUUUAUUGAUUGUUUGAAGGCUUACGGAUUAUUUACUUGAUCUCUAAAACAUUGAUUUUAUCAUUCUCAUGUCAGUUUUCAUUUUAUUAUUUUGCAAAAUCUUCCAUUGGCGGAAAGAUAGGCAUGGAAAUGAUAAUAUUAUUAUCAGAGGUUUUAUUUGUUAUCGUGCGAUUAGCUUUUAGUAAUUUUGAAAUUAUUGGAUUUGUUCAAAGAUAUUUUGUUAAUCAUAAGGGAAUCUUCUGCCUAUAUUCACUGUGUAAAUAAUUUUAUCAGAGAUUUUGUAAAAUUGUUUCACAACUAAAUAAAUAACAUAAUAACUCAAGCUCAUUGCAUCAGCAUCUUAAUUCAAAUCCGUUUUAAUUAAUCAAUGAAUAUCAGAAUGUAAUGUUUUUACUCAUUCUUAAGUUAUGUUGAAUUUGAUUAUUAUUUUGGUAUUUAGAACUUGUAAAUUCAAAAGAAUAGUUUGUAUAAAUAUUCUUGGACUGAAAUUUUUUCGGGAAUUCAGAAGACAUAACCUUAUUUCGGACUCACCUAAAUUAGGGAGAGAAAUAGUACAAGUUAUUCUUAGUUUUUCUCUCCCGAUCUGUGCUUCAUUGUAAAAAAGAAUAAAUAAAUGAUCAAAAACAUCUUAAUUUAGCAUUUUUCCAAUCUUAAUUUAAAAUAUUCAAUUUUAUAAAUCCUCUUUAGAAUCAUUUUUACGGCAUCUCUAAUAAUUUGUUUUACUAAACGAUUAUCAUAGUGUAAAAACGUGAUUGCAUUUGGCUUUAAAAUUGUUUAAUUCGAUGAAUUUAAGUAUUCUUAAAUAUUCAAUCAAUUAAUCUCUUGUCACUUUUGAUCGCAAUACUGUCCUUUUUCUAUUUUUAUUUACCUAAAUAUUCCACUUUAUUGUAAAGUAAUUUCUACUCAUGAUAGCAAAUUCUCAAUUAACGUAUCGAAUAAUAAUUAUUAUAAUUAACGUGGUAUCGGAUAAAACUUCGAAUACUGCACUUCCAUGUAAAGGAAAACUCAUUCUGAUUGACCAAAAGUUUUAGUACUUUUUUGGAUUAUUUCUGUUGAAUAGUUGAUUAGGUUUUCUAUAUAUUAUUAUUAUUAUUAUUAAUCGAUGAACAAGAUUUGUCUUGAAACUUCCGUAAUACAUUAGAAUAUGAUACAGUCUUCUGUUAAUUGAAUUUAAAAUGUCUUUGCCCCCUAAUUUUAUCAAUUUUUGCUAUCUAUUUGAGUAGUAGUUUAAGUUGAAGCGAAUAAUUCCAUUGAUAGCAAAACAAAGUAAACCUUCGAUAGAUCAAUACUUUGACAUUCAAAAUGAAUGAAAAAUUUUUAUUAUAAUGGUUUAAUAUUUGAUUAAUUUUUAAUUAUUAAUAGAUGAUAUUUAUGGUAUUAAUAUAAGUUGGUAAAGUGUUCUAUUUAACUAUAAGACAAGAGUUGAUAUCAUUGAAUGACUUAUUUAGAUUAUAAUUAUAUUCUUAUUUUGGAAGAAUUCCAAAUGUUUGUUGUUCUUGGAUGAUGUUUAGAAUUUCUUAACAAUCAUUCAAAAUAAGUUAUAAAAUCAAAAGUCCUUAUUAAAAAUAAAAUUAUUGAAUGACACAAUUAUUCAUUUGAAAAUGUACAUACUGGUAUAUUUUAAAACUAAAUAUUCUAAAUUUGUAGGUUUUCAAAUAUAAAAAUUGAAGAGGUCGCUGAUGUUAAACUAAUUGUCGUUUGCUAUUCUUAUUAUUGCUUUGAUACUAAUUGACAUAAUGCAGUCAGUAAUGUAUUACUUGUAUGUAGCGAUUUGUAAGAUUUCCUUUAAAAAAUACCGAUAAAAUUAAUUAUACCGAUUAAAUACCGAUAAAUAUCGGUAUUUAUACCGAUAGAUAUCGGUAUUUAUACCGAUAAAUACACUAAAAUUACCGAUCUUAUUUCGACAACUAACUGAUCGUAGCUCAUAUUCGUUUCAUGUUCUACAGGAAAGCUUUAGGCUUUUUAUAAGGCGGCAGCUAACUUACCUAUUAUUUUUUUAGCAUUCGAAAUGAGAGAUUUGUAUACUGAAAUGUGUUUUGAAUGGGUCCACCAACAAUCUUGCUAUUUGAUGAAACAUGGAUAAAAUAUAUUUUAGACUAACAGGUAACAUGUGCUCCGCAAGGGUCUAAUCAAAAACUUGGCAAACUGAAACUUCAACUACCGUACUGAAAUCUUUAAGAUUUUAAAAUAGGCAUAUAACCAUCCUUGGCAAAUAAAGAAUCAAUAUGCAAAAUUUCAAGUUAAUCAGUCCAGUAGUUCAGACAUGAUGGUGAGCCUUUUUCGUGAAUUUCUUAUCUGGUACGUGUAUUAAUCAAAUUCUUUCCUUUAUUAUUUUAUAGAUUAAAUUUUUUCCAGUACCAAAAAGUUGUAUCAUGGGAAUCUUAAAAAAUGUUGAAUUGUAACUGCAAAAAUAUUAUUAAUUUCAUAUCAAGUAAAAAUAAUUCAUCAUAUGCCCCCCUCCACUUGUGUUGAAAGAUAAUUUUUUACCAGCUUGUUGAAGACGUAAUCGUAGAAGUAUUAUCAGUUAAUCUGCUAUUCAAGUAUUAUAUUUUAUUUUAUUCAAUUUGUUACUAAUCAAAUAUUUUUAUUCCAUGAUUCUCAAUUUCAACUGAUAAGUUAUUACUUCUAUGGCAUCAAAGGGUUGUUUACAUGAUGCAGUUAAUCAAAUGAUAUCCUUUCUAAAAAUGUCAAUUUUGCCAUCAAAAUCCAUUGAAGUUUAUAUUAUUGAUAACAUUUUUAUUAUUUACUUUUUUGUGUCGAGUCGCCGAAAAGCAUGUUCAAUACCCAACAUCUAUCCAUAAUUUAUUAUGUUGUGUAGGAUAUUGAAUAAUAAUAAUGUGUGAGAAUUGGAAUAAUGAAUUAUUGUUCUCGCUUUGAACAAAUUAUUAAUAAUAAUUGGUGACAUUUCAAAAAUGUAAAAUUUAAUGUUAUUUGUCAUUUCAAUAGUUCUCAAUAGUAGUUAAGGAAAAUAAAAUUUAUAUUUGUGUUUCUGUAAAGAAUUAUAAGAAAUGGUUCAUUUUAAUAA